ACGCGUUACUGGCAGAGAGCCCUGCGGAGCUCCGGAGUAUCCGUACAUGUAUUAAAACAAAAGUAAUAAAAAUUCGAACUAAAAGGACUCUCUCCUAACGUGAAAAAGACAAGUUCUAAAAAACCGAAAAGUUUCAAGACACCCUUUGUCCUCCAUUCCGUCGACAUUUACUAUCCUCUGAUCAUUCUCUCUUUUUCAUCUCUCUCCGUCUUUCUCUAUGUCACUAACGUUUGUGUGCCGGAGUAAAACGAAAGAAGAAAAAAAAAUCACGGUUUCCUGUGUGUAAAACUAUACUACGAUCGUUCAAUUCCACGUAUUAUCCUGGGCACUACUACUCGAAGUAGUAGUAGUAGUAAACCCCCUCCUGCUCCGAACCCGAGGAGUGUUUUUUGUCUGGGGUUUUUUUUUCACAUUACGGCAUUCCCGUCUCCGCUUGUGAUCGAAAUCGUGUGGAAAUACGUCAGUAUCAUCCCUUCUACGGGGGAAUUUCACUGACCAAAAUAAUAAUAACGGAAGAAUCAUUGAAAGACAACUAUAAUAAAAAAGCGGCGCGAGUGUAUUGCGGUUGUGCCAGAAUCUUCAUACGUACAAUCUCUGUACGCGAUUCACGACAAAGAGAAGAGUGAUGUUCGCUUUUUUUUUGACGUUUUCGUUCGAAAGGAGAUACUACAUUGAGAAAAAAUAUACAUGUAUACAUAAAAGUGCCGGUGAUAAAGCAACGUAAAACAUUCGGAAAAGAUCGAAGGGAGGGGGGGGAAAGCGACGUUUCAAGGCGGUGGGGGGGGACGAGCGUGAAAGAUUUCACGAGGACCGGAGAGAGAAGAAAGUAUGGUGAGCGUGUACGAGCGUGAAUCGCUUCGUAGUAGAAGCGGCGUGUAGUGUAUAUAGUAUCUUCUACUAUAUACCAUAUAUGUAUAUAUAUAUACAUACAUAUAUUUAUAUAUUAUAGCGUAAUUUCCCCCACUUCGCGGAUCAUGUGCGAUGUAAAACGAGAGGAUAUACAUAGUUUUGAGCAAGAUAUAUAUAUGUUAAACCGGAGCUAGGCUUUGGUACAUACAGUGAACAAAAAGACGAAAAAAAUUGUGUGAGUGCGAGGAAGAGAGCAAGAGAGAGGGACACGUAUAUGUGAAAAAAGUGUGUGGAGCGAGGACGGGAAAUACUUACACCUACACAAAGACACACAGGCAAACACGAGGGAGCGUCGUCUCUCGCGGGGCCCACGAAGUGAAGAGACGCAGCAGCAGCCGCCAGCAGCCAGCAGCAAAAGCCCAGAGAGAGAGAGAGCGGAGCCGCGGCUUCUUCUCGACGUUUUCCUUUUUUCUUGCUUUAUAACAUUAUCAUUAUUAUUUUUGUUUCUCCCGCGAUCGCAUUUACGAUCGACCGCAUACAGCUUCGUAAUUUUUGACCUCUCCGUAAAUACUUGUAUUGUCUAUUAAAAAAACUAUACAGUCGCGCAUAUUAUUUUUCUCUUCGAGUUUGUAAUAUUUUGCGUCAGGCUAAACGCGUGAGUGCCCGAUAGACAGAGAGAGAGAGAGAGAGAAGACAAAAGCUGCUGCUUGGAAUAAAAAAGACGCGCGAUUGCGAAGCACAUACAUACGUGAGAGUGAGAAAGGACGAGCAAAGGGAAAGAGAAGCCCCAACGCCAACCGAGCGACGCAUCGUAAAGUGUAGUGUUUUUUAUAUUCAAUAAAUAUAUAUAUAUAUUCAGAUUAUAUAUGUAUAUAUCCAUAUAUUCUGUGAGAGACUAAGCGUAAGAAAAUCUUUUCCAAAAUCCCCGCUUCUUAUUAUACCAGUGCUUUUCGUGUUUUUAAUUGAUCAGUCAAACCCCGCCACUCUCCCUCGUCUUCUUUCCGACAUUUUCUCCCUUUCCCUGUUAUUUAAUAUAAAAUACAUAUAUCUUAUUCGACAUUACUACUAUUCCGCGAUCUUCGUCGUAAGUGCCGCGAAUUUAACCCUGUUCCGUGUGUGUAUGCGUGUGUGAAUACAAACGUGUUCGUAUUCGUUCGUCGUGUUCUCGCGUGCGUGCGUUCGUCCGUGCCUAUAUACGUGAGAAACGCCGUGUCCGUGCGCGCGUGUGCUGUCUCGACUUUUGCCACCACACAUGACAAAAUGUCGGGAUCGCAGCGUAUGCGAAAGUCCUCGCCAUGCUCGACUACCAAGCAAGGACCUAUGCGUGCUACAUUACCAGUCAGCUCCUUAUUACGACAGAGCAGACAAGGCACCAGUUUACGAAAAAGCAACAGCAACAGUCCUACUGUCUCACCCACAAACGCUAACGCGUGGCGAGCGUCACGCAACUCGCCGGAGACAUCGUCCUCGUCCGGACAACGAAGCCCCGGCUCCUUGUCUUACAAAGCCAAGUCUAAGACACUGAGCGGUCGUUGCAGCGACGGACUUAGCGGCAGCCAAAACAUUCGUAGGACCGCCUCUUUGGACACAAUUUAUUUGAAAGGACAAUGGCCACGGGAUUCUUAUUAUGUCCAUACGAGUCUCUUACUCGUGGACAAAGCAACUCAGACCGAUGAAUGGUCAUCGAGUGAACCGCGAAAAUUAUUAGCGCGGCAUCCACCCGAACAAAAUACUACGACAGACGAAAAAUUGAAGGAUAAAUACAUAAGGCAGAGAUUACAACGGAACAAAGAGAGCACAAGUAGCAGAACAGCAGCUUUUGGUCUCAUUAUGCCCGGGGGACCACCGCCUGCAUUGCCAGGCGAUCAUACGGUACUAUUGCCCAGUAUUGCAUCGCAGACAUCAAUGCACAACCAAUUCAACCUGAGUACAAAAGCGAGCCCGAUGAACAUACCCGUGAAACCGAUGAGGCCGCCCAUGCGAUCGUCAAUCGAAGGACUCAAUCAAGAGAUCGAGGGUCUCGUGCUCAAAUCUGCUGUGAACACAAAUGACCCUGAUCAUUCCACGGAAGACAAGUAUGCGAAGUAUCGUGAACAAAUGACACCGGAAGGUCACAGAGCACCCCUGGCAGAUCUCUUGAGAGCUACGCGAAGCGUAAACACUCAAACGCCAGCGACGGAUCUUCCCUCCAGUUCGUACUCGUCGGGACCUCCGUCUAGGAAUUCCGAAUCUCCGCUGAUCCCAGGUGUUAUGGAUACUUCCCGUCCACCUAGCGAUCUCCCACAAGGUGGAAGUCGUGGAUCGACGCCAGAACAAGAGAGAGAAGGACGUCUCGGAACAUCUCCCCAUAUCAAUAAGUUCCUGGCGAGAGAACCUCCAGACGGUUGCGAGAAAGUUAAUCUCAAGUUUGUCGAAGAUGCCAGGCGACCGAUGAUCGACCUGAGCAAGUUGGAUUAUUGUCCGAAGCCGUGCGUAGCAUUCCAAUUAAAACCAAGCUUGGGAUCAGCGUUCCUGCCAUUACAACAACCGGCGAGUCCAACGAUGAUGGCGGCGGCGGCAGCGGCAGCGGCGGCAGCAGCAGCGAGUAUGUCGACAUCCUCGCACACAACAUCAGCGACACCACCCCCAAAUCCAUAGUCCGAUCUUGGACUAAUUAGUGGUCAUGGUCGUUCUCCUCGUCGUUCACGAAUUCGUACCUUAAUCACGCCUUUGUCGUGUUCGUCAUCAUCAUCAUCAUCAUCAUUAUCAUCAUCAUCAUCAUCAUCUUAUUACCAUUAUCAUUAUCAUUAUCAUCGUCGUCGUUGUGUCUUCGUCUUCACACAACGUGACUCAUUCAUUAUUAUCAUACAUUGUUACAUUUCUAUAGAUCAUCGGUAUAUAUACGAAAAUUGAAAUAAUCUCGUCGUUUGUGAGAGAGAAAAAAUGAAAAAAUCAGAAAAAAAAUAAGAAGAAAAGAACGAAAAACAUACGCGAGUUUAAAUGAACGAUGAUCAUUGAGAGAUUUACGAAUGUUCGACGAUUAUCGAUCAUGACGAUGAUUAUCUCCGUCAUUUAAGGACAAUUCGCAUUAUCUUCGCACCACCAUUGUAAAGUUACCCGAAUUCAUAACGAGAUUACGAUGGGUUCUAAAUGCAAGAAAAACAAAAAGUAAACGAGAGAGAGAGAGAGAGAAGAAAAAAUUGAAAAAGAUUAACAAAGAUACGGCAAUGUCUAUUUCCCAGUGCAAAAGCCUUUUUCAACUUCGCUGUCGUCAUCGUUCUCAGCGUGCCGUCGUCACUGCAAGGAUUCUCGUACAAUCUAAUGAAAGAAAAAACAAAAACCGAAUGUCUACGUUUCUGCGUAGCGUGUAUGCGUAUGCGCGUGCGGGUGUGUGUGUGUGCGUGUGUACCAAUGAAUGUUCAGUAUAGAACAAAAAAAAAAUUCACAUGAGAGAAACACUAACGGAAGCACAGAAAAAGUGGGACUCGAACAGCAGAGUCUGGUGGAGUUUGAUCGUAACAAUAAACAACAAUGACAAAUGGCGAAUGCGGGAGAUUUGAAACAUAAACAAAAAAACAAAAGAAUUAAAAGAAGAAAAAAACGAGGAACAAUAAUUUGUGAUAACCAAUAAACAACGUUUAGGUAAAAAAAAAAAAAAAAGUAAACAUUGUGUUCUUGCAGGACAACAACAAAACAAAGAAAAUACGAAACGAAGAAAGAGAGAACCCAUACAAAGAGGAAAUAAACGAAAAAAUAAGACUAAAAAUGGAAAAAAUUGUGUAUUCUAAAUUUAGCGGCACCAAUAUGAGAAGCCUGUGCUAAACAACUUUAGUUUUGUAUUCAAAGAUUGAGAGAUUGACGUGAAAAACGAGAGAGCUAAUAAGACGUGAGGCUUCGAGGCAAAGCAGAACAAAGCAACCGGUCAUUCGAGUACGCGUCGUACGCGUCAGACUUUUCAAGUAAUCACGAUUGAACGAGCAAAAACGAAGAAUAAAAGUAUUAAAUUUUCAUCGAGACCACGUCGAAAAUGGUGAAAUAAAAUGAUUUUAUGGAAAAUUAUUGAUUCCUGGUAUUGUGCUGAAGAUAGACCGACGAAUUUCUCACGAGAUUAAGAUAAUGAGAUGUACAGAGGAUUCGAAAGGAAAGGAAACGCGGGUCAUGGAAACCCAUAUAUAAUGUAAACAUGUGGGUGACCCAAAAUGUGUUUCAUUUCUUCGUUAAGACGUUUUAUCAUACCUCUCGAAAUGAUUAAUCUUUAUAUUCAUAUAAACGUAUAUGUAUAAAUACGAAUGUUUAUUUCCAUUUUUAUAUAUACAUGUACGCGUAUAUAGACACACAGAUACGCGCGCGCGCACACAUACGCAAACACACAUACACGACAUAUAUAAAUAUGUAUAUUCUACUGACACGAAAGGAUUACACUCUUGUUAGAAUCUUCUUUUUUGUAUCGUUUUGUAUUAUUAUUUUUAUCAUAAAAUAUUCGAUAAUAAUAAUUAUUAUUGUUAUUAUUAAUAUUAUUAUAACGUUAAGGCAUACGGCGGAGCUCACGAAUUGACCUUUUACACCCCCAAGCGUUCUUCUCGUUUUCUUGUCUUUUCCUUCCUUUUCGCUGUCGUUGUUGUUGUUGUUUUCAGAACCUUCUCGAUUUUCGUUUGUACACCCCCUUCUUAUUUAUCUUUCUCGUACUACCUGUACUCGCACACAAACAUACGACCACGCACUCACACACACACACACACACACACGGACACGGACACGCGACAAAUUGGAAAAAAAAAAACCGACUGCUUACGGGAAUGUUCGGUGCAAAAGCUCUUACGUGCGUAUUACAUUUAUAAUACAAAACUGAAUAUGUACAACCGAGAAGAAAUAGACAACGUGCGAGAAUGACGCGAAAAUUUCAAUGGACUAAACGAAAAAAGAAGAAGAAGAAGAAGCGUUCAAAUGUGCGUAGAGAAACAAUGGAUUCAUGGAUUUUGUGUGUCUGCUGUGUAGGUGAGUGUGCGCGCGAAUGCUCUUUCGAAUGUGUAUGGAUUAUUGAAAAAACAAAAAAUAAUUAAGACAAAGGGAACGAGACCCGAGAAUGAUGGGAGAAGGGACUGAUAAAUAACGACGAUUUUUUAUGAUUGUCAGACCGGUAAACAAGAAAAUAUGAACAAAACUGACAAUAUUAUAAUGAAAUAUUGAUUGAAAUAUGCGACAAUGAUUUUAUGAAUAAUUGAGAAUAUUGCUAUCGAUUGUGAUCUCUCGACUUUUAUUUUAUAGGUUUUUCUUUUUUUUUGUUCUUUUUUUUUUACAAUUAUUUUCACGUCGUUCAAUUCGCCCCCAAUUGUAGACGAUUGAGAGCAAAUGGCGCUCAGCGGUAUUUUUUUAUGUACACUGUAUGUAUGUGUUCAUGUAUAACGUAGAAAUGUACAUUUGCAUACACACAUACGGAUAUAUAUAUAUACAUAUAUUUGAUUCUCUAUUCUCGUCGAAAUCUUCGUUUCGACAGUUGAUCCCCUCCCUUUUUUUUAAUACUUAAGAGAAAGCGCUUUUUUUUUUCAUUAAAUUCUUUUUGAUAAAUGAUUGACUCGUAGUUUCUUUUGUUCUAUCCACUUUGUAGAUCCAUACGAAAAAUGAUUUACCGAAAGAUUAAUCGUAGUGACGAGAACUCGAAAUAAUCAACGGAGAGUUGAAAUAAUUUUUUGGAUUUUUGGUUAACCCUGAUUUUUGAACGUGCGACGAGCUCUCGAAUUGGACUGUGAGUACACGCUCUUCGCAACCGAACAUGAUGGGCUUCUGGAUGCGAGAGAAAGGGGAAAUGAAAGAGGAAGAAAUUUUUUUCUAAUCGAUUAUAAGUGAAAUAAAAUAGCUAGCUAUGUACUUCUACUAGCUAGUCGCAAAGGAGAAACGGUAACACACAAGUACCUGGCACACUGGUCUAUGCUCUCUUUUUGUUUUAUUUUUUCCAUUUUCUUCACUAUUCAAUGCUCACUAGAAAAGAGAAGGAGGGAGAUAAAUGAAAAAUGAAGGAGGAAGGAGAAGGAGAAAGGGAGGAAACCGCCGCGCGUCAUGGGACGAACAUACGUGAGGUAUAAUUAAUGAAAUUUUAACGGUUUAAAAUGAAAAAAUGAAUUCAUGCCUUAGGAUGCGUGACGUAGUGUGCUAAACCAUUUAUACACGGGGGAAAAUGUUUAGUCGGAUGUAGGAACGGGGGAAAAAUAAAACACUGAGAAAUCGAGACAGACGUACAUACGAUAUAAUUGCUAACACGAUUCUCGUUAAGAGAUUGAAGAAAAACGAGGAUAUAUAUUGAAGUACAUUCACGUUUUUUUCAACAAAUAUGUGUAUAUAUAUAAUAUAUUGGUAUAUUUUAGAGUGGCUCAUUCUUCAGUUAUUUUUCCGCAUUCGUGUGCUCGCUUUCUUAAAAGAACGACAAAGAAUAGCAAAAAAUUUUGAGAAACCAAAUAGAAUUCACAACUUCGCAAUUUUCCACAAAAUAUCUUGGCCUGGAACGAUCGAUGUACACGAUCGAUUGGAAUUAGAGCAUGUUUAUGAAAUAUCAUAAGAUUAUCUCGAUUUGAUCGGAUUUUCAUUUGAAAAAUAUUCAAUUAGCGAAAGCUUUUUCUUCGUACCGUCAAAAUGAAUAGUUUGAGUAAAAAACGAAACGAGAAAAAAAAAGUUGGAAAAUGAAACACUCUGAUGUAUACACGAAUACUGCGAUAUGUACGUGAGAAUUUUGUAAAAGAAAAUGUGUGUGAAACCGGAGAGUGACGGGGGAUGGGCAGAGCGAGAGAUUUAGUCUUUUUCCAGUCUGGACAGUCUGACGCUGACAUAAACGGAAUUUAUCGAUGCGAUGAGUCCUGGCGGUUAGAAGUGUUAAAAAAUAACAAAGAGAAACAAACAAGUCUUUAUUCACGUUUGUAAUGUGUUAUUCGUUGUUAGGCUUUUCUCGUCGUGUCACAGCGAGCUGAAGAAAAUUUGUAAAGAAGGAGAGAAAGAGAGAGAGAGAGAGAGAGAGGGAGACAGAGAAAUGGACAAAGUGAAGGAGAGGUAAAGGUCGAAAAAUUAAAUCACGAAAAAAUGAAAUUGAACGGGGCAAUUGACUGCCCAAUUGAAAUUAUUAAUGAUAUUUUAGGAAAAAAAUUGAAACAAAAUUACCUGUUAUACUGUUUGGAUGGAUAUCUUUCAAAAGUAAUUGAAAAAAAAGAAAAAAUUGUAAAGUUUUCGUUGAUAUGAAUUAUACGCGAUGUAUGUCGUCGGAUUUGGGUAUUUUAAUAUUGCUAUUUGGAAAAUAAAAAAGAAAGUGAAUAAAAAGCGGCAGAAAGGAAAAAAAUACGUUCUACACACACAUACACGCAGUCACAGAACACACAUACAUAGAAAAGCGUCUCUCACCACUAUUCUCGACAAUUGACGAAAGCUUCGACAAAAAUAAAGAAACAAGCGUUUACCGUUUUGGUCACUUUAACCUUAAAAAAACAUACAUGUUCUCAACAUAUCUAUUAAACGAAAGGAAGAAUAAAAACACACAAUGGUUCAAAAGAAGAAACAAAGAUAAACAAAAUGGUAAAGAAUAAUCUGAGCCGGUUUCAGAAUGACAAGAGCGAUUAUGUCAAUUAUAAGCAUUCUCAUUUUAGACAAGAAGAAAAACAAACAAUAAAUAAGGAUAAAAGUUAAAUAACAAACCUUAGGACUGUCCAGACACGCAUACCUAUGAAACUAUAUGUCAACAAUAUAGUUGCAAAGUUUUUGUUCAACAACCAUAAUAAUUAACUGAAGAUAACAGAAAAAAAGUUGCACCUUAAACAAAUAACAAAAAGAACACGAGAUAAAGAACAACCAAUAUUAAAAUAAUAACGAAAUGAAUAAAGGACCCUGUACUCCUAAAUAUUCAAGAGUGCAAUGAUGAAUUAAACUCUAUGACGGAUAAUGACAUUGUAAUUUGUAAGAUGCUCGUAACGAGAGGGAGAGAGAGAAAGUUUGAAAGAGUGAGUACGAGAGAUAAAACUCUCAAAUGCAAAAAAUAAUGAAAAAAAAAAAACAAACAAACAAAAAAAGAACAAUUUGUAUGUCGGAUAAAGUAAAUAUCCAAAACUGGAAGUUUUUUAUACACCCGCUGAGAAAACAAAAAAAAUGAUACAAUAAAAUGCAACUUUUAUUAACUCUUA